AUGGCCUCCGAACUGUUGCGGAUUGACGACUUCUCCUACGACACGGAAGUCACUGUCUAUCCGACCGAGUCUAUACUGUCUUACUACCCCGGCGGUUUCCACCCGGUAACAAUGGGCACCAUCAUCUCUAGCGCAAAAACUCGCUAUCACGUCGUACACAAGCUCGGUCACGGAGGAUACGCCACCGUCUGGCUCGUGCAGGAUCUUUCAUCAUAUGCCUGGCUUGCCCUGCGAAUCAGGAUGGCCCAGUGUGACUGCGCUGGUGAAACCGAAGUGUUGGACUUCAUCCGCUCUACGCUCCGAUAUGCUUUUCUGCCGACCAUCUUCGAUACUUUCACGAUUGAUGGACCUAACGGGAGGCACGCAGUCAUUGUUACUGACUUGGUAGCGCCUCUUGACGCCACAUUGGCUCACGUUCCGGAAGAACGUAUCGGUGCUAAGGCCAUAGCCCGCGAGAUCGUUGAAGCUGUGACACAGUUGCACAGUGCAGGCGUCGUACAUGGCGAUUUGCACGUCCGUAAUAUCGGCCUAGCUAUGGAUCUACGUAAGGGAAAGAUCAAACCAGCUUCUCCCCUACGAUGUCCUGUUCGGGUCGAACCUCGUGUCACUCUCGUUAUUGCUGAAACUUCGAGAGCUUUGGCACAGUCCGCGCACUUCCCUCCCUACGUUGUAUCCGCCAUCGACCUAGGACCUCACUACGAAGACUAUCGGGAUGCGACAGAUCCACAUGUGGUGAAGUUAUUUGACUUCGGUAAUGCGCACUUGACAAACAAGCCACGACCGACAAGCGGCUUUAUGACAAGCAUAGCUCCCCCCGAAUGGAUGAUUGCACAGACCCUCGGUCAAAAGCUUGAGGUUGUCUUCACCUCCGCUAGCGAUGUUUGGGCGCUGGGAUUACUGAUGUUUCAUCUGAUGUCAGGAGGCCGUUAUCUCCUUCCACGUCACGGUUGGCAGCUCCUCGAGAUAGUCAAACUCGCAGGUAUCAUUCCGUCUUCAUGGAAAACCUACCCCGUCACGAAGAAGUUCAAGACUCAUGAUAUAAGCCCCGCAAGCGCAAACAGACUAUGGCAGCAACAUCAGACCACCCUCCGCGAAUCUGGGUUGUCUAACGAGGACGCGAGCGCUCUGAUUUCCUUGUUGCGCAAGAUCUUGGUGUUGGAACCGUCUGCAAGACCAAGCGCGGCCCAGAUUCUUCGCGAUCCUUGGUUCUCCACAGUCUCCAAGGUUGCCAACCAGGCGGGUAUGCAAGGUGCAACGACCCUGACUACGCACUCUGUGAAUAGCACACCCAACUACGCCCAUCAAAGCCCUUCAGUGCCACCUCCAUCUACCAAUCCGUACGGAAUGGCACAGACCGUUGUGUACCAGAACCCAUAUGACAGCACCUUCGCCCCCCAACCUCCUCACUACUAUCAACAUCCCCCAUCUGUUCAUCCUACUAGCCACGGCUACUACCCAUCGCAUCCUAGCGUCGCUUAUACCCAUCGUCUGCCACCUUUCCCUCCCGCUCAGUUUCCCAUGGGCUCGGGAUCCGGUCUUCCACAUGCGCCGGGAAUGAACUCUUAG